AUGAUGAUUUCAAAUUCAUUUCCGUUGAAUCAAUGGACUCAUCUUCUUCAAAGAUAUGAUCCAUCAAGUGGAAUCGACUUCUAUAUAAAUGGAACUCUGAUUAUGUCAAAUGCAUCACUAUCAACACGUUCGCCCGUUGGAUCUGAUGUUUUUCUUGGUUCGUCACCGACGAAUACAGCUUCUUGUCAAAGAGGAUCGAUCGGAAUGGGACAAUUUGUCGGUGCUAUUGAUAAAUUCUACAUUUUCAGUCAAGCAGCAACACCGAAUGAUAUUUGUCAUUUAUCAAAUUUUUAA